AUGCGGCGGGGAACAUUGAUGAACUCGAAGCCGCUCUGCAUUUUAAUCCGGCAAAAGGUGGGGCGGAGGAAUGUUAUCUUUUCCUCAGCCAUCCAUGGCUAUUCUUUUGGAGUAGAAGAGUUUGCUGAGAUCUAUACAGAAAGGCUCAGUAUACCAAAAGCUCAGUUAGCAGAGGAUAUGUUUGGAGAUUUCUACUUUUCUGGAGGCAAAAUCAAGGACGAGGCUGCAGCUCGCGGUAAAAAGACGUUAUUUGUCCAGCUUGUGCUUGAACCAUUAUGGGCUUUGCAUGAUUGCGGGCUGCGCCGUAGAUUGAUUCAACGCGUUUGGCUUAAACCCUGGCUACAUAAGCGCAGUGUUUUUUCGGUGCACGUUUCAGGGAAACUAGGCGUUACAAUAAAGUCAAAACGGAUUUUGGAUGCCUUCGAUGAAGCUAUGAGGACAUGGUUACCCUUACCACAAGCUUGCUUCCGUGCAUGUGCUCGUGCGCCAUCAGCAAGAUCAGCUUUCAAGAAUAAUCAUAGAAUGCAAUACUUGAUCGGAAACAAGAGUGAUCAUCCUCUAGCCAAGGCUGUGCAAGAAUGUUCACCUGAAGGUAUAACCGUGGCGCUGGUUGUGAAAUUUGUUCUCAAAGAAGGCGCAGAAGCCAUAAAGGUCACUGUAGGAAGUGUUUGGACUCUGAGAGGUCGCGAUCUUCUACCGUUAAAUCUCGCGACUGCAGGAGUGAUCUGCGCCAUUGACGCGCAGGGAUUGCUACAGAAUGCGACUUUAUGUUCUGAACCUGUUAGUGAGGGACUGGAUGUUGGAAUCAAG